AUGAGCAUCACGUGCACGUCGUGCGGCGACGUGCUGGAACCGGCGGGCUUCAGCAAAAACCAGCUGCGAACGCCCAAGACCGCACGCUGCCGCUGGUGCGUCGAGCAGGCAUCACAGCAGCGGCGAGCUCCGCCGCCAGCGACGCAGCAGCGACGCGCGCGGCCGCCGCCCGCUACCACGCCACCGCCGACCGCAGCAACACCGCCGCCGCCGCCGGAGGCCGAGCUCGCGGCGCUCGCCGUCGCGGACCCCGCGGCGGCGGCCGCGCGCGAGGAGGAGGCCGAGGCGCUCGCGGCGAUCUUCGGCGACGAGUUCCGCCCGCUGCCGCCGGGCGGCGCCGCCGCGCGCUACGAGAUCGCGCUCGCGGCGGACCGCGCCGCGGUCGCGCUCGACGUCGUCUGCGGCGCCGGCUACCCGGUCGACGGCGCGCCGACGUUCGCGGUGCGCGCCGUCGCCGCGUGCGACGAGAAGGCGCGGCGCGCGCUGACCUGCGUCGCGGCGGCCGCGGCGGCCGCGGCGCCGGCGGGCGAGGUCUGCGUCUUCGAGGUCGCGGCGGCCGUGCGCGACGCCGUCGACGCGCUCGGCGCGGCGCCGGCCGCGGCGCCGGCCGCGGAGGCCGCGCCGGCCGGCGGCUGGACCUUCGAGCCGGCGUGCCCCCAGUUCGGCCAGCGGCCCGUGCGCUUCGACGCGGCGAGCGGCGACGACGCGCACGCCGUCGAGAUCUUCGACGGCGAGCCCGUGACGGACCGCCGGUCGACGUUCCAGGCGUUCCUGGCCGUCGGCGUCGACUCGCUCGACAAGGCGCAGUGGGCGUUCCGGGCCAUCCUCGCGCGGAACAAGUGCGGCCGCGCGACGCACAACAUGCGCGCCUACCGCUUCACGGACGCCGCGGGCGUCCGCCGCGCGGACAACGACUCCGACGGGGAGGACGGCGCGGGCGAGAAGAUGGCCUACCUGCUCGACGUGCUCGACGCGGACGGCGUCGCGGUGGUCGUGUCGCGCUGGUACGGCGGCGUCCACCUCGGGCCCGACCGCUUCCGCCACAUCGCGCACUGCACGCAGAAGAUCCUCGAGGCCCACGGCCACGCGCGCCGCGACAACGCACGAUAA